AUGUUUACUCCCAGCCGGGGGAGGGCAAUUGGACGAGCUAUUGCGGCCUCGUCGUCUGGCCCUGUCAACCUGCCUAGCUUCCUGGUGCCAGCAUGGCACGCGACAGCACCCAAGAUCGCAUCUUCCCGAGCCUCCACUGCCCUCUUCUCCACGACCUCGAAGCGACCAUCCAAGCUGGGAAGAACCCCUCUAUCGAUCCCUCCUGGCGUAGAGCUAUCUGUUGGCGAGCCGGUGGCGAACAAGGACUUGACAUCAUACAAGAAGGUGUACAAGAAAACCAUCACUGUAAAGGGACCUUUAGGAGAGCUUGAGCUCGAAGUUCCGGAUUAUGUGCAGGUGACGCAAGAUCCCGAGGCCAAGGUGGUAUCGUUGAAUGUCCAGGACACUGACGCCAAGGACCAAAAAGCCAUGUGGGGAACAACAUGGUCUUACCUAAGGAACUAUAUCAUGGGUGUCUCGGAAGGGCACACGGCCAUUCUCCGUCUUGUCGGUGUCGGUUACAGAGCGAGUGUCGAAGAGCGAGGUGCUAAAGAGGAAUUCCCUGGGCAGCGCUUCCUGUGCCUCAAGCUCGGGUUUACUCAUCCUGUCGAGGAGGGAAUCCCUCGCGGCGUGACCGUAACGACUCCUGCGCCUACACGUAUCCUGAUUGAGGGAAUUGACCGGGAGACCAUCAUGUCGUUUGCUGGACGAGUUCGCAUGUGGCGUCCUCCGGAGCCUUACAAGGGCAAAGGCGUGUUUAUUAACGACCAGACGAUCAAACUGAAGCAGAAGAAGAUCAAAUAG